GUGCUCAAGCCAGGCCGCGGAUGGGAACCUGUGUGUACCCGUGGGCCCUGUCGACUUUGCUGGACUGUUUAGGAGUGACGGAAAACUGACUGUGCGUCCUUUGCGGCUCUUCCAGUCCUUUCAAGAACCCUACUCUGCAGUCCAGGAAGCCGGCUUGCAUCCGCCAGGCGCAAGAUGGCGAUCUCGGAUAGGAGCGCAAGCACGUUACGCUAGGGCCACGCCCCUUCGCUGCGUGCGCAGGCGCAGAAAAUGGCUUCCGGCGCCCGCCACUUGGGAUAGGAUGCAGAGCUUCAAGAGUGGGCUAAGGAAUCUUCUGGAACGAGCGGGUGCUUGGGGCUCGGUGCGGCCCCCUCUUGGUGCAGAGAUGCCUAAGAAAGCCGGUGCGGCGAGCAAGGCUAGUGGCGAGUCCCGUUGCGCGGAGAAGGGUAACAGCCAGAACAAGGCACCAGAGAGACCACCUCUUCCAUUGGGUCCUGUGGCAGUUGAUGCCAAAGGUUGUGUCACCAUAGCCAUCCAUGCCAAGCCUGGCUCCAAGCAAAACGCUGUGACAGAUCUGACCACUGAAGCUGUAAACGUAGCAAUUGCAGCCCCUCCAUCAGAGGGAGAGGCCAACGCUGAGCUCUGUCGGUAUCUUUCCAAGGUCUUAGAACUCAGGAAGAGUGAUGUGGUAUUAGAUAAGACUCAUGAAGUUGCCCAGGGAACUUUGUGAUCAUCCUACCUCCACCUCCCAAGCAGGUGGGAUUACAGGUUUGCAUCAACACAUCUGGCCAACAUUUCUUGACCCUAAAUUCCAGGGGUUGUGCUAUUUAGGACUUUUCAAUACAAACAUGAACAAUGUAUCAUGUACCCUGGCUGCAAAGACCUCUCAGUCUAGUAGAAAAGACAGAUAUGGCAUAAACCUGAAGGAGAAGCCAGGCAUCGUAGUGCAUGCCUGUAAUCCUAGAACUCCGGAAGCUGAGGCAGGAUGAUUUUGAGUGAGACCAGCCUGGACUUCCUGUCUUAAAAAAACCAAAACAUAAAGGGAGAAGCAGAAGAUGCCAAGAAAUAAGGCUGGAGAAAUAAGUAGGGAACAAACUGUGAAAAUUUUUCUGUUCAAUGCAAGCAAUUUUGCAUUUUUUUUUUCUGGUAGGCAAUGUGGAGUUAUAGGUAGCUGAAAAAGGAAAGUCUCAAGAUGUAAUUAUCUGGAUAUUCUACCUUAGAGAGUAUGUCUUAUCACAUAUCCUACUUCCAAUUUGUCUGGGAUUGGCAACGUAAUACCAAGUGCUCAAAUUAAGAAAUGAGUGUAAAAUAAAUUUUACUAAUUAAAACCCAUAG